GACACUUCCGUUGCGCAGCGGAGGUUCCGGUUAGAGAGUAAUGCAGUGAGUCGCCAGAGAAGUUCUCGCAUUUCAUCUUAUUUAUUUUGCUUUCACGUCGGUAUGAUGCGUUUAUAAGCCACAGUUCGUGUUCCAUAACGUCCUGUGCUUUGAAAUGUCCUUUUACCGGGUAGCUGGAGCUUCGUGAUGGACAGCGAGCUAUUGCGGCAGUCGGUGUCUUAUCACGGACACAACCUGUUCUCCCUUUUGAAAUGCGAACAGCUCGAAAACCCGGGUUUUAAAUUCAUCGCAGGAGAUGUCUCAAAGGCAUUGAAUCAGAGAAAAGAGAGGGAAUGUAACAAUGUUGCAGUGGAACAGUUCAUCGCAAGGAAAGCAGAUCUUCUGUUUGCACCUUCAUGGAAUUCUGGUACAGCAGUAAAUUAUAUUCAAGAGGAAACUGAAGACCUUUAUUCCAUCAUGCCACCUCUGGAACAGUUCAUGGAUAUCCCAUUCAGUGAAAGAAGGGACUUGUUCUACCGUGAUAUUGAACGUGGAGACAUUGUGAUUGGGCGGAUCACGUCUAUUCGAGAAUUUGGCUUCUUUGUCACACUUAUAUGUUUGGGUGGAGGAUUUGUGAGAGACAUUGAAGACCUGGAAAUAAUAGCACUCUGUCCUGUACGAGAUGUGCCAUGCCAUGGCAACCAUGAUGAUCCUCUGUCCUACUAUCAGACUGGAGACCUAAUAAGAGCUGGAGUAAAGGACAUUGAUCGCUAUCAUGGGAAGCUGACAGUGUCCUUGCAUAAUUCUUCUAUCUCACCCCACCUUUCAAACCUGAAGCUUGGUGUUAUAAGCGUUGAUGACAUGCCUUCCCAUUACAGCUUGAGCAACAAUGAACAAAGCUAUGAGAAUGUUUUAGAGCACAAGCUGGGGUUCGCCAAUCCAUCCACUGUAGAGUUUCUUUUGGGAAAGCUGGGAAUCAGUGAAGAAGAACCCCCUACAUUAAUGAGGGGAUUACAGAGCAAAUUUUUUUUAGGAGAAGAUUAUGGAACAUUCAUCAGAAAAAAGCAGUCAGCUUCCUGGGCACUGAAAUGUGUGAAGAUUGGAGUUGAUCAUUUUAAAUCGGGACACCAUGUGGAAGCAAUGAAUGAGUACAACAAGGCCCUCGAAAUAGAUCUAAACAAUGUGGAAGCAUUAGUAGCACGUGGUGCAUUGUAUGCAACAAAGGGUAGUCUGACUAAAGCCAUUGAUGACUUUGAGCUGGCUUUGGAGAGUUGCCCAACACACAGGAAUGCUAAGAAAUACCUCUGCCAAACAUUAGUAGAAAGAGGUGGCCAGUUAGAAGCAGAAGAGAAGCUUGUGACUGCAGAGGGCUUGUACAGAAAGGCACUGACUUUAGAUGAGAGUUUCCAAGAGGCAGAUGAAGCUUUGAAAAGAAUACAGCUACACAUCCAGAAAACUCUGAAACUGAAAGAAGAAGAAGAAGCGUCAAAAGAAAAGGAAAAAUCUAAAAGUGUGGAGACAAGUGCAGAAAAAUUACGUAAGAUAUUAAAAGAAGAGAAAAGAAUGAAAAGAAAGAAGAGGAGAGCUUCUUCCUCCUCAACCAGUAGUUCUUCAGAUUCUUCAUCUUCUGGCCGCAGAAAAGCCAAGAAAAAGAAACAGAAACGUUACCGCCACAAGAAACAUUCUCACAGGAUAUCUUCACAUGAAGACAAAAGUUUUGAUGGCAAAGAAGAGUGGUGCCCUCCUCCAGUGAACACAUCUGCAUCUUUCUUGAAUCAAAACUAUGAGGUGACUAAAUUGCUGAAGGAGCAAGACAGACCAGUUGAUUGUAAGUCUCAAGCUAAAGAUAGAUGGUACCAUCGCUCCAUGUCUUUGUCUUCUGUUGAGAUCUUGGAUGACGGUGGAGGUAGGUCUGAAGAAGAAUCUUUUCAUUCAGCUCCACUCCAAUCAGAGAGUAGCAAAGGAAAAGAUUGCUCUGGUGAAAAUAAAUAUUACCUUCCUUCCAAAUGUAACUUAAAGUCUAGUGACAGAAAAUCAAGUGGGAGGGAGAGAGAGGUGGUAAAAUUUCCUCAGAGGAUGGAUGACGGAAAUAUUAUUCAACAAGACUUCAAUACUGGCUCAGAGAAAAAAAGACACAGAAAGUAUUCUUCCUCCUCAGCAGGUUCUGAGUAUUCUCGUAAAUCUGAUAGAUAUAUUAAAACAAAAGACUGUUCUUCCCAGGGAUAUAGUUACAGUAGAUCAGAGAGUAGCAGAUAUGAUUCUGUAGAAACUGGAAAUAGAAAGAGUGGUCUUAAGAUAGAGGAGGAGAUGCAAGGGCCAAGGUCUGAGAGAGAUGAAAGCCAGUCUUCAACGGGCAGAUCUGAAAAUGGUAAGGAGUCUGCUGAAGGCAAUGUGAAAAAGAAUCUACCAUCGAAUUUGCUUGAUAUAUUUAGCCAGAUUGCUCAAUUUGAAAAGGAGAAGAGUAUUAAACAGAAAAAAUAGAUUCUCUUGUUUUACGUCCUGUGUGCAGUCUUAAAGAAUGGUAAUUUACAUUUGAAAAAGUUCAUGAAUAAAAUGUAAAUGACUUAAAACCAUUUACAUAUCAACCUGCAAUCACAGACUGAAACUCCUGAAGUCCAUAUGUAAAGCAAAUUGUAAUGCCUUCAACUCUGUUUUUGAAGAGUUCCUUUUUGAACUUAAUGUGCUUUUGUUAUGUUUAUUUCUGAUUAUCAGUUUCAUUAAUCUGAAAAUGAAGAUACAUUUUUUCAGUUUAUUCUGACAGACAGCACAUUAAAAUGGAGCCAAAUGCUUUUCAGUGAAAUGAGUGAUAUUAUAGACUAGAAAUAAAGGUCUUGCUGAAAGGCUCUUAAUGCAACUCCUAUUAAAAUAUAUAACUCUUACACUGUUUCUACCAAAAAAUGUUGUCAAGAACUAUUGCACAUAUUAACUGAAUGUGCUUUUCUACCACAAACAGAAGGAAACAUCCUGUGCUAGCCAAGGAAAAAACAAAUGUGCCAAGUUGAUGUGGAAAUCUGUUUUAUUGUUCAUCUCCAAAUGGGUGCUGCAUUACAAAUUCCAAAAACUUUUUUUUUUAAUCAGACAAAUGCACAUCUCUGUAAUAAAUAUAAAUCAAAUACC